AUGGUAGAGCAGCAGCGUGGUAGCAGUGUGGUAGAGCAGCAGUGUGAGAGACAGAGAGAGAGAGAGAGAGAGAGAGAGAGAGAGAGAGAGAGACAGAGAGAGAGAGAGAGAGAGAGGGAGAGAGAGAGAGAGAGAGAGACUAGGUGCUGCUCGGGAGAGAGACUGAGAGAGAGAGAGAUAGAGAGGGAGAGAAGAAGA